AUGGCCCUGGCGCUUUACAUCGCUGCUGUGGUCCGGUGUGACAAUCGGGAUCAGGGAGAAGGUUUAGAACACCGAUACGAAUACACGGAGAGACUUUUACAAGGGGUGUCGUCAAAGGGGCCUCAGGGUCAGUCAACUGAUGACAAGGGGUUGGAUACACCUGCAAAUGUGGCAGAAAAGUUCCAAGACCUCGACAGGAAAUGGGCUGCCGGUGGUAACACAGACUCUGUGCUGGUUGGAUACGCACAGUUGUUGGUAGAGGGAAUAGUAAACGACAACAGUAUGCUUGAAACAGAAGCAAUGAAAAGUCUCGGUGACGUGUACCUGAAAAGAGGAACAGAAACUAGAAACACAAGAGACUUGACCAGAGCUUCUGCUCUGUACAAUAAGGCACUGGCGCGGUGUCACAACGUACAGGGAACAGGUGCCCUUGUCCACCGCUUACUGUACACCGCAAAAAUCAGACAAAUCAUCACAACUCAAAAUAAGAGGUCAACACGUACGCAACGGCAACAAGACGUCACAGGACGGAAGGACCACUUCUCUUUCUUCUCAGCUGCGCCCUCUAGUGAUAACAUCAAUGAUGGAAUGCGCCGUCUACAAAGUGUCACGGAACCACAGGAAGAUGAGAAGCCGACACGCGUUGACGAUGACAAUGAAUACGAAGAAUAUCUAGAUGAUGGCUGCAGGGCUCUGCAGACUGGAGACCUGGACACAGCAGAACAAACCUUUGCCUUUGCGCUCCAGUGUGUUCAUUUCAAUGAGCUGAAAGCAGGAGUAUACAGAAGUCUGUGUGAUUUCGAAAAUUUUAAGACAAGCUCAGAGCAAACGCUACACAAAUAUGUAUUGAAAUAUGGUGAAAACACUGCGCACAGUAAAGUUGCCGCCUCACUUCACAACCUGGGUACUGCCUGGGGUGAGCUUGGUGAUCACAGAAAGGCUGUCAGCUGUCAUGAACAGUCAUUACAGAUGAACCGAAGUAUCCAUGGUGAGGGCACUGCACAUCUUGGCAUCGCUGCCUCACUCAACGACUUGGGCACCGCCUGGAGUGAGCUUGGAGAGCACAGAAAGGCUGUCAGAUGUCAUGAACAGUGUCUUCAGAUGAAUCGGAGCAUCUAUGGUGAGGACACUGUACAUCCUGACAUCGCCAGAUCACUUACCAACUUGGGUAACGCCUGUAGCGACCUUGGUGAUCGCAGAAAGGCGCUCAGCUAUUAUGAACAGGCACUGCAAAUGGGCAAGAAUAUCUAUGCCAAAUCGAGUAUCUAUGGCGAGGACCCUGCGCAUCCUGACAUUGCCAACUCGCUUAACAACUUAGGUGUAACCUGGAGCGACCUUGGUGAUCACAGAGAGGCGGUCGACUAUUAUGAACAGGCACUAGAGAUGACGAGGUUUAUCUAUGGCGAGGACACUGCACAUCCUGACAUUGCCGUCCCACUUAACAACUUGGCUAACGCUUGUAGAGAAUUUGGUGAUUACUGGAAGGCCGUAAGCUAUAUUGAGCAGGCACUACAGAUGAUGCGCGUUGUCUAUGGAAAAGACACUGCACAUCCUGACAUCGCCAGCUCACUUAGCAACUUGGGUUUAACUUGGAGCGACCUUGGCGAUUACAGAAGGGCGUUUAACUAUUAUGAAGAGGCACUGCAGAUGGAGUUGAGAAUCUAUGGCGAGGACACGGCACAUCCUAACAUCGCCGACUCACUCAGCAUCUUGGGAGAAACCUGCAGAAAACUCGGUGAUUACAGGAAGGCCUUAAGCUACAAUUUGCAGUCACUGCAGAUGAUGCGGGAUUUCUACGGCGAGGACACUGCACAUCCUGGCAUCGCCAAUACACUUAUCAACUUGGGUAACACCUGGAAGAGCCUUGGAGACCACAGAAAGGCGUUCAGCUAUUAUGAACAGGCUCUGCAGAUGCGCCGGGUUGUCUAUGGGGAGGACACGGCACAUCCUGACAUCGCCAAAUCACUUAACAACUUGGGUACCGCCUGGAAAGACCUCGAUGAGUAA